AACUCUCUGCUCCCCUGCUGCUCCUGCUCGUCGCCGGCGGGCAGCUACUUUUUAGGGUUUCGGUUCGAUCUCAUCCCACCACCACCACCAGCAGAGGAGGAGGAGGACUCCCAGCAUUGGAGAGUGCACCUUGGGCGAUGCUGGCCGCCCGGAAUCCCUCGCCGAGCUUCCACGCGCACGACCGCCCUCCUCCGCCGGCACAUGACAUCGCGGAGCGCCUCAGCCAUCUACGCCAGAUUCGCAGGGAACCGCUCCCCAGACGCGUCGCCCGCAUCGCCGACCUCCACACCGAUGAGGCCAGCCCCGUGCGCAAGCAUGUAGCCGAGAUCAUUGGUGAGGUCGGGUCAAAACACAUGGCGUACCUACCAGAUAUCAUCCCUUGUUUGCUGCACCUUCUGAAUGAUGAGGCGCCUGCAGUUGUCAGGCAAGCUAUCAAAACAGGAACCGCCUUGUUUGCCAAGCUGCUCCAACACCUAGUUAUCCAGGGAUUAUUCUCCACUGGGGGGAUUGAUGAUGCACUUAAAUCGUCAUGGGAGUGGCUGCUCAAAUUCAAAUCUGCUGUCUCGCUCAUGGCAUUUCAGACCACUGGCAAUGAAGGUGUCAGGUUACUGGCCGUUAAGUUUGUUGAAAAAACAGUUCUUAUGUACACACCAGAUCCUAAUAUCCCAUCAGAUCCACCAAGCGAAGCUACGAAAGAUACGGGAUUCAAUGUAGCAUGGUUACGAGGAGGUCACCCUUUGCUUAAUGUCGGGGAUCUAGCCAUGGAAGCCAGCCAGAACCUCGGAUUGUUGCUAGAGCAGCUCAAGUCUCCUAAAGUAAAAUCACUCAGUACUUCCAUGAUCAUUGUCUUCGUUAUUAGUCUCUCAGCUAUUGCCCAAAGAAGGCCUUCCUUUUAUGGACGCAUACUGCCAGUUUUACUUUCCUUGGAUCCAGCAAGUUCAAUUAUUAAAUUGCGAGUCCCAGGUGCAUUCCAUGCUUUGAAGAGUGCCUUUUCUGCAUGCCUGGAAUGUACACAUUCAAGUGCUGAGCCGUGGCGAGCACGUCUAUUGGAAGCUCAAAAUAUUAUCAACCAGGGGGAUUCAAUAGAAGAUACAGCAAAUGCUGGUAAGAAUUUUGGGGACACAUCAAACAGGGAAGAAUCGUGGCCUCUGAUGGAGAGAAGCACUGACAGUAGUAACAAGCGUAGUCUGGCUGAGGACAUGAAUCAAAUGACAGAAGAUGAUGGUCACUCCAGUAAAAGAGUCAGACAUUCACUUGAUGUUCAAGAACAUAGUGAAGAGGCAAGCAAGAGAAAUGUUGAGUCAACCUCUGUUGAUAUCUCAUCUGGCCAGCCCAUCUCUAUAAGAACUGGGAAUUCAGAAGCUGUGUAUCAAUUAAUUGGCAUGUUUGCGGCACUGGCUGCACAAGGUGACAGAGCUGCUGGAUCACUGCAAAUCCUUUCAUCCAGUAUCGCUAGUGACUUAUUAGCGGAGGUUGUAAUGGUUAACAUGCAACACAUCCCUAUUUCUCGUCCUGAAGCUGACCAACACCAGCUUCCUUCUACCAGCUCUGGAGAUGGAAUUCCAUUGUCAAGUUCCUUCUCUCUGUUGGCGUCUCUACUGAAGAGAGCGGGUCAAAUUGAUCAAGAUGAAGUGCCUCCAGCUAAGGAAUCUGCAGUAGUGUUAUCUGACGCAGAUGAUAUCAUGACAGUUCCUGCUAGUUCACCUGUUCCUAGUUCAGUAAGUCUUCCCAUGGAAGAGAACAGUAGCAGUCCCGCUGUUCCAUAUAUGGAAACAGCAGAGGUCAAAGUAACCAGUGCAGGUACCAAUAGUUUGAUUGAUAUUCUAGAAUCAUCAGAGACUUCCCAUGCUUCAACAGAACCUCAGGGAACCCAAGAGCAUGCUAGCAGUUUUAUCAGUUCAUUGCCUGCUGAUAAUUCCUCUGCUGGCCUUAGUUUGGCUCAGUCUUCAGAAACUCGCAGCCCAAGUUCUUCUAUACUGGAAGCAAACCACUCACAGCUUUCAUCUUUGAAUUCCCUUGGUUCACAAUAUGCUCUUCCAAAGUUGGUUGUCAGUAACAUUGAUCUCAGCGACAAGGCCAAAGAUCUGCUUCAAAAAGAGUCAUUUUUGCGCAUUCUUGAGAGUGAUAAGCAAGAAGCAAGUGGUGGUUCAAUUGCUCGCCUUCCAUUGCUUGCUCACUUGGGUGUUGAGUUUCCUCUGGAAUUGGACCCAUGGGAGCUUCUCCAAAAGCAUGUCCUCUCUGAUUACGCAAAUAAUGAGGGGCACGAGUUGACUCUAUGCAUCCUGAACCGGUUAUAUCGUGAGGCCGAGCAGGAUCAAGAUUUUCUUUCAUCUAGAACUGCUACAUCAGUUUACGAAUCCUUUCUUCUGACUGUAGCUGAAAAUCUUCGAGACAUGUUUCCGGCUUCAGAUAAGUCGCUUGGCAAAUUGCUUUGUGAGAUACCAUACUUACCAGAAGGUGUGUUGAAACUUCUAGAAGGUUUAUGUUCUCCUGGAAGUGAUGAGAAGCAGGACAAGGAUAUCCAGAGUGGUGAUAGGGUAACUCAAGGUCUCAGUGCUGUUUGGAACCUUAUCAUGCUAAGACCUUCAAAUCGGGACAGAUGUCUGGGGAUUGCUUUGCAGAGUUCAACUCAUCAUUUAGAGGAGGUCCGCAUGAAGGCAAUACGUUUGGUAGCAAAUAAGUUAUUUCCCAUGGCAAGCAUUUCCAAAAAGAUUGAAGAUUUUGCAAAUGAAAAACUUAAUUCAGUUCUAGAAGUGAUUCCAUCUGGUGAUUCUGCAGCUACUGAAACAGCUACACCUGAAGCACACAAUGAUGGUGUUUUAGAAAAUUUAGCAGCUUCAGUGGCAGAUGCUCAGACUCUAAUGUCGCUGUAUUUUGCAUUGUGCACCAAGAAACAUUCCCUCCUCAGACAUGUAUUUGCAAUAUAUGGUAGUCUACCUCAAGCUGCCAAGCAGGCAGUUCACCGACAAGUACCAAUUCUAAUACGCACAAUAGGCUCCUCUCCUGAUCUUCUUGGGAUCAUCUCAGAUCCACCAGGUGACAGCCGGGACCUCCUAAUGCAGGUUUUACAAACCCUCACUGGUGCUGCAGUUCCAUCCAAAGAAUUGACUUCUUCCAUAAAGAACUUACAUUCUAAAACAAAGGAUGUUGAGUUCCUUUUUGCGAUCUUGUCUCAUCUGCCAAAAGACGAGAUCCUGCCUGUGUUCCCCAGUAUUGUUAAUCUUUCCAUGGACAAGUUUCAAGCCGCCCUUUCACGAAUCUUGCAGGGAUCAUCUCGGAAUGGCCCUUCUCUUGAUCCAUCAGAAAUUUUAAUUGCCAUUCAUGUAAUAGAUCCUGAUAAGGAAGGAAUACCACUCAAAAAGGUUAUGGAUGCAUGCUCUGCUUGCUUCGAGCAAAGAACAAUAUUCACCCAGCAAGUUUUGGCAAAAGCACUAAAUCAACUGGUUGAGCAAAUUCCUCUUCCUUUGCUAUUCAUGAGGACUGUUAUGCAAGCUAUAGGUGUUUUUCCUGCAUUGGUGGAUUUUGUGAUGGAGAUCAUGUCACGCCUUGUGAGCAAGCAGAUUUGGAAAUAUCCUAAGUUAUGGGUAGGAUUUCUGAAGUGUGCUAUCUUGACGAGACCUCAGUCAUAUGGUGUGUUACUGCAGUUACCAGCUCCUCAACUUGAGAAUGCCUUGAGUAAGAACCCCACACUGAAGGCACCCUUGGUUGAGCACGCGGAGCAGCCAAAUGUCCGAUCUACUCUUCCAAGGUCUACUUUGGUGGUACUGGGUCUUGCUGAAGAUCAACAGCAACCAGCACCAGCAGUAAGUCAAGCGCAGAGCAGCCAAAACCAGGCUGCCGAUACCAGUAGCUCUGCCGCAGACAUGACUACAGAAGUAACUCAGGAGUCUUCUGCUGCUAGUUAGAAUGUUUGUGAAGUGAAAGCCUUGCUCCAAGAUAUGAUGGACGAAAGGUUAAGACGAUGGCGAGACCCCAUAGUGAAUCUGACAAGACCUAAUUUAUUGUAUUUAGUUGAUGCAUAAUUUUGAUGACCAUGUAAAGCAAAGAGGUGAACAUUACAUUUCCUUGGAAUGGGAUUGGAUUUCUGCUAGUCUAUCCAUAUUUCACAGCUAGUGAGUCGAAGGGCCACUUAGAAUUUCUGGAAUGGUUCCUCUUCCAAGGAGGGAAAGACAAACGUAGAGUUCAUGUUUCAUUCUAAUAUAUCCGGUUUUUUUAUGUCUGAA